GCCAUCUACUAAAGAUGGCGCCUUGCGGUAUUCUACCAUUUUAAUCCCGCUAGGCCGGCAGCGUGUGUCAAAACUACUAGCACUGAAAGUCAGUCUUGUUUCAUCGUCUUCAACGAAUAUGCCUACUUAAAGCAAGCAGCCGCGAUUGUCCGCUUAUUAGUGCGAGUCUCUGUCUUUUGGUGUGCACAAACAAAGUAAUAUAAACGAUCCUUCGUGAUCCACCUUGUGUCUUCUUCCUCCAUCAACUUGUUCUCAAACCAUCACUUCCUCGGCCCACUUUAUGUCAAUAGGCGACGGAGGCAAGAGGAAGUGUAAUUUCUUUAACUCUUCUGCGGCUAGCGGAUAGAAAAAGGAUACUUCAAGAUGAAUAAAGUGGAUUAUAUGGAGGUCACUGUACCUAACUAUUCGUAUGUCUUCAACUUCGAAGAGACAUUCAUUCAUAUGGAUACUAAGAUAUGGAUGACGAAGAAUUGGACAAACUGUUUUUACUAUUGUGGCAUUUAUAUGAUCCUAAUUUUUGGAGGACAGCAUUACAUGUCGAAUAGACCAAAGUUCGAACUGAGAGGCAUACUCGCACUAUGGAACACACUGCUUGCGACGUUCUCUAUUAUUGGAUUUACUAGAACAGCGCCAGAGUUGAUUCACGUGUUAAGGCAUUAUGGGUUUUACCAUAGUGUUUGCAUACCAAGCUUCAUUGAACAAGACUGUGUGUCCGGUUUCUGGACGUGGAUGUUUGUCUUGUCGAAGCUUCCAGAACUUGGCGACACAAUCUUCAUCGUGCUACGGAAACAGCCACUAAUCUUUUUACAUUGGUAUCAUCAUAUAACGGUUCUUCUCUACUCGUGGUUCUCAUAUUCGGAAUACACAGCAUCAGCCAGGUGGUUUGUCGUAAUGAAUUACUUUGUUCACUCCAUAAUGUAUACGUAUUACGCUUUGAAAGCAAUGCGAUAUAGACCACCAAAGGGGAUCGCCAUGCUGAUCACUACGCUACAAUUAGCACAAAUGGUUAUUGGUUGCCUUAUAAAUAUUUCGGCUCACCAGUACCUGGAAAGUGGCCAAAUCGAUUGCCACAUUACGCGUGUCAACGUCAAACUUAGUCUGCUCAUGUACUUCAGCUAUUUUGUACUCUUCGCUAAAUUUUUCCAGAAGAGUUAUCUAUCUAAAUCUAAUAACAAAGUAGGGAAGAAGGUUUACGCUAAUGGAACAGUGGAGUAUGACAAGCUCAAGGUUAAUUAAUGCACACUACAAUUUUUGAAAACUUUUUCUAUAGACCCUUUCCAGGAACAUUCCUUGAAAACGCUUUUCAAUAAGAUUUCUUUCAAAGGCGUUAUGGAAAUGCAUUUCAAGAAAUGGCCCUUGAAAAUUUUUUUUAGGAGUCUUUGUUAAUUCAAAGUCGUAAAAACUGGUUGCAGUAGAGUGAAAGUGGUGAAAGGUGGGGUGGAAAUUACUUGAAAAUAUAGCACAUUGAAUUUUACAAUAAUAUUAAAUGUUGCACAGUGAAUUUAGUAAUAAAUUUCAUGAUAACUUGUUUAACGCGUCUCACGCGUUGAACACGUUAUUAUAGAAUUAAUGAAAGAAGAAGGAGCUUCUCCUUAGAGACGUCUUGAAACUUUCGUUUGUUUAGGGACGAUUUCAAAAUAAAUUUCUUGGUGAACUUUUUUCUUUACGCUUCUUUAUGAAGUUAGCACAAAAUUUGGUAGAACGAGGAUGGAGACAUAAUAUUUAAAAACAUAGUAGGAAUGUAUUAUUUAAUAUUGAACUAUUUAAUAAUGAAGAAAGCAUAUUAGAUUUGAACGAAAUUCGCCAACAAAUAAUUGAUAUAUUCUUAUUACAUUUAAUAUGUUUGACAUAUUUAUUGUUAUGGAAAUGUAUAAAUAUGUUGAGAUAUCAUAAAGAAUAUAUAAUUAUCUGCAUAUGCAAAGUAUGGAUAAUAUUAAAAAAUAUAUAUCGUGAUCGAUCUUUCGUAAGAACAGCCGAAAUCUUUUUUCACGUUGCUCGAAAAGAAAAGAAAACAAACACAAAGAAUUGUUCCCAAGUCUUGUUCUACCGGAAUAACGAUAAAAAAAAAAACGAAUUACUUUUGAAGAAGUCAGAAAGUAUGGAGAAAGAAAACCAUAAGUGAAAUUUCAUUAGGCCUACCUCCAGAACGAGCUAAGAUAUUCUUCGUAGAAAAUAGUAAAACAAAACGAUAGGUAAUAAUCGAAAACCGAAAUCGUAAUCCCAAUUGAUGACCAUUUAAGAAAUGAAAGAAAAUAAUAAAAGAAAGAAGAGGAUUUAUAAUUACUAUUUUCUAUCGUGACUAUUUUGUGCUGCUAGGAAUAAUAAAACGGGCAGCUUGCCGACGUCUUUUUACUUUCAAAGUGCAAUCAGUCUUAUAGAGAGUGUUUACUCCUUUCGUUUAUAAAUAUUUAUAUCGCAUAAUUUAUUUUGUAUGAAACUUUUGUACAAAUUGUUAUUUAUAUUUAUAUUGAUUUAUUUAAAUCAUUGCUAAUAAAAACACUUUUGGCAUGUCAUAACGAACACAACUACAAUCUUUAUUCAAGUCAUUGGGUGUGAUAAAUCUUCAAAUUAUAAAUUUAAUCAAGACAAGGAAAGCAAUAGCGAUGGAUUCUCUUUCACAUAAUUUUGUAUCAUUAACCGGCGUGGUACGGACAACAUGAGCCAAUAACUAGGAUUAAUUCUAAAGUCAAUCCACGCAAACAUUUCAGAAAUGUUUAUUAUGUAUCGAGUAUGUGGUAUAUGGUAUUGUUAUGAAAAAUAUUAAGAGCAUUCUGCGCAAUAUACCUAGCUGCCACUGAACUUUUUCGUUAAUUCUUGUAAAAGGGAUGAUUUUCGAUUAUUUAUGUAAAGAAUUGUUUAUGUCUUAGGCGAAUCAAUGAUCUGUAAGCAAGAAUUGAAUGGAUACUUUCUGCAGGAAUGGCUGUUCUUUGAAAGAUGAAUUGUUGUCCGAUUCUAGUCGCAUAGUCAGGACGAAAGCAUUUUUUAGCUGGAAUGGAAAUUAAAUUAACGAAUUCAAUUUUCAAAACGAUUAUUCACGCCGCUGAUCGACGCGCACUUUCAUAUUUGACGUUUUUUAAACGCUUUCCUUUUCCACAUUUUGUAUGAUACUUGAUUGGAUGCAACGUUUUGUUCUUUUUCUGAUUUAUUACAUUCUUUUUAAUUCCUCCCAAAUCGCACAAAUAUCGCCAAUGAAAAAUUCGAAACCCUUACUUCGACUGAAGUAUACACUUUAAUGCAGAGACUUUAAUUUAAAAAUAAGCAUUUAGCUUAUACGAAGUGGUAAUAAUUAUUCUAGUUUGUGUAUGUUCCAUUUCUAAUUGUUUGGUUAUUUGGUUGAGAAUAUCGGAGGGAAAAAACAGUCCAAAUAUUUGAUUUAACAGUAAAUAUUGCCAAAGAGUUCUUACGUUCGAUUCGAAUUUGCUUAUUUAUUUAACAAAAUAAUAUUAAAACGACGACGAUAAUAUUCGUUGAAAGGUGCGUGUUUCAUUUGGUGGAU